AUGCUCACCAGCUUUGGAGGCAUCGAAACGACAACAAGCGCCAUCCUUGCCAACACGCCUCAAAUCGUUCCAUCUAUCCUCUAUCUUUCGUACAACGCGCUCUUCACCGCGAUGCUCUCAGGUUUCGAAUGGGCGUCAUACGCCCGCGAAAGAAAGGGCCUGCGCCUGUCCCGAACGCCCGCCGGCGACCAAAGAUCGACUUACGUUCUUCAGUUGCCGUAUCGAUUCGGUGUACCGCUCAUGAUCCUUAGCGGCCUGCAUUGGUUGGUGUCUCAGAGCAUAUUCCUCGUCGCCAUCGACUUCUAUGACUUUCGCGGUAACUUUGGCAACUCAGGAGGUGACAGGUUUGGCUGGCCUGAUGUUAAGACUUGUGGGUUCUCGCCCAUUGCAAUCCUUUCGGUUAUAAUUUUGGGAGUCUUGAUGCUUGUUGCUAUUGUUGGGUUCGGAUACGUGCCGUACAAGCGUGGUAUGACGCUAGUGGGAAGCUGCAGUAUGGCCAUCAGUGCAGCGUGUCACCCUGGAGAUCAUGUUGAUAGAAGUAUCGUUGCUUUGCAAAAGUUGCAAUCGGGCGUUGUAUGUACGGAUGAUGAUGUGGUUGGUCACUGUGGCUUUUCAGCGGAAGAGGUAGAAGCGCCGGUGAUCGGAGAAGUGUAUGGUGGAAGUAUGUAG